CCCCGCCCCGCCAGCGAUUUUCUGAAAUUCGUUGGCGACCAAACGCAGCCGGUCGCAAACCAAGUCGGCUACUCCGUCCGCACCGGUCGCAGAGCGUCUCUCCCCGCCUCGUCUCAGCCGCGAUGAUCGCGCGGAUGGAAGAUGUCGCCCUGCUGCUGGCCACGUCCUUGUUGAGCUGCUGGCAGAAUGCAUACUUCCUCCAGAUGGUGGUGAAGAUGCGUAGGAAGUACAACAUCAAGCAUCCCUUCGUGACGGGCAACACCGAGCUGGAGACCGUCUACAGGGCCAACCAAAACCUGCAAGACUACUACCCCAUCUUCCUGGUGACGAUGUGGACCGCCGGCCUCUUCACCAGCUCUGCCGCCGCCGCCUUCAUCGGCCUCAUGUACAUCGUGGCGCGCUACAAGUACUUCAAGGGCUACAUGGGGACGGACAACAAGCGAGUGCCCGGCUAUUUCCUGGCCAAGCGGUUGAUGUUCUCGCUCUCGGCUCUCUCCGCCGUUGGGCUGCUCAACUUCGCCCUGUGGUGGUACUACCAAGUCAGCCUCCUCGACCACCUGAACCUCGUGGCCAAGGCAGCCUCGGCCCUGCUGCUCUUUGUAUGAACGUGGCCUCGACCACGUGGUCUGACCACGUGGCCUCGAGCACGUGGCCUCGACCACGUGGUCGAGUUGCAGAGGUCAGGGCGCUGAGACGCCAACGGGGAGGGCCCGGGUUCGAAUCUGGGCGAUUGCCUGCGAUUAAGGGGCCGUUCGUAAAUGACGUCACGCA